AUGUCGACACUAAGCAGCAAGACCGAUUUCGAAUUACUUCUUGCAAAGUGUAUCGGCCAGAGGGUUGAGAUUCCGGAUCUUUUCGUUCUUUGCCCGUGGGAUUUGGAAGUAUCCCCUCUAGACGAGAAACUAGAAAAAGAAGUAGAGCUAUGGCAAUUGAGAUGGAUCAAUGACCCAACGAGCUUGAAGCGUAACCGUAUAGUCGACCCUUGCCUAUUCGCACGGGGGAUCGCACCCAAGGCAGCCUUUAAUGAGCUAGUGACUGUUGCUAAGUACCAGGCUUGGCUAUAUUACUGGGACGAUGCCUACGACUUUGGAGAUUUCGAUAACAAGUACGACGAGAUUGUCGCCCACCAGAAGCAGACAAUAGAGUUACUCCGCGAAAGUCUUUUCAAUGAACACCCUAGCUCCAUCGACCCUAUCGCAAUCGCUCCGGACUUUCCUACCGCGCAAUCAAUCCAUGAAUGGGGGGCUAUAGUAAGCGAGAAGAGCGUAUCUUCCUCAUUGAAGAACUGGGUUUUUAAAGUCCUUGUCGACUUUAUCACGGCCGCAUUGUACCUCCAGGACGAGUUUGAUAAGAGAAAUAUCUUAGAUCUCGAAACUUAUAGGAAGAUCCGCACGGACUCAUCCGCGGCAAUUCCUACUUUAGCAAUGGUUUUGUUUGCCGAUCAAGUCGCCUUCCCUUGUUGGUUCUUCGACCAUAAUCUCGUCCAGAAAGCUGCAGAGUUGUCUAACGUCAUCGUCUGGGUCACCAAUGAUAUCGUGUCAUCGCGACAAGAACUCCAAUGCAAACAUGUCGACAAUCUUAUACCUCUUCUUGUCCAUCAUCAAGGAAUCACACCUCAAGAAGCCGUCGACGAAGCAAGCAGAAUUGCACACCAGGCCUAUCUGGAUUUUGAGGCAUUAGAGCCACAGCUGAUGAAGCUUGGCGAAGAUCGAAAUGCUGUUUACGAAAUGCAAAGAUUUAUUGCAAGUUGUAGACAUUUAUGCACAGGCAUUUUUAAUUGGAGCUAUCAUAUCAAACGGUAUGUUCAUUGGGAACCUGGGAUGGAUCGUGCGAGUGUCUCUGCUGUACUUGGGGAGGACAUACUAAGGUAA